CCGCCGAUAUAAAGAGGGGGGUGGUGAGGGGGGAGCUGUAGAGCGUUCUGCUGCUUUUCGUCUCGCCUCGUCGCUCUCUGCAGCCGUAGCCAUGAGCACUGGCAUGUACCAGUCCCCCAUGGAGGUGGCUGUCUACCAGCUCCACAACUUCUCCAUCUCUUUUUUCUCCUCCCUGCUCGGGGGGGACGUGGUCUCCGUGAAGCUCGAUAACAGCGCCUCCGGAGCCAGCGUGGUGGCCAUCGACAACAAGAUCGAGCAGGCAAUGGAUCUUGUGAAAAAUCACCUGAUGUAUGCUGUGCGGGAGGAGGUGGAGGUCCUGAAAGAGCAAAUCAAAGAACUGUUGGAGAAAAACUCCCAGCUGGAGCGUGAAAACAGCCUCCUGAAGACCCUUGCCAGCCCUGAGCAGCUGGAGAAGUUCCAGUCCCGGCUCCCCGCAGAGGUCCUGAGCCCGGAGGAGCAGAGCCCCGGGGCGGCUGCCCCGGCCCAGCACUCAGGGGGCUCUGCGGUGUAAGGUGGCUCUGUCCUCGGGGUGGGCAGAGCCACAGAACUCUUUCUACUUAAUCUCCUGCAAAAUCGUUUCCGCCUUCAUCUCACACGAAGGACUGCCAGACCCCGGCGCUGAGCCGUGCCCCCCCCGGGCAACCCUGGCCAGCUAGCAGAGCCAGUGGCUGUCUCCUGCACGAGGAUGCUCUUCUGCGAGGGAGACGCGGGCAGCUGACCCCUCCCCAUCCAACCACCCACCGUGUACCAGGAGUAAAUCUGUGGCCUGCCCGUCCCAGGUUCUGCUGAAACCUGGGCAUCCGCAACACCCUGGCAGUGCCAGGCGGCCUUCGGCACUUUAAUGGGAAUCCACAGUUGGAAGGAAUACACGCCGAGUCCUGUGCCUUUGCUGCACUGUGCAGGGGGGGUGUGUCUCUUUCUGGCAAAGCCUGACGUUGGAGGAAGACCGUUGUUUAGUGAGCGAUGCAGAUUUGUCCUGCUAGCCACCCAGGAGCAUGCUGGAACCCAAAUCUGACUCUGAGCAGCACCAGUGGUGGCAGUUGCGAUGUAGUGCAUGGCUGUACGCACAUCAGUGUGGGAAUUACAAGGAAAAAAAAGCUUGUUUUAUUAGUUUGGGCAUCUUCUGUAGCUGUAUCUAUGUAUAAACACACGCAUGAGCGGUGCCCAUGAGGCUGUGGGGUGCCCUGCUCUGGGCUAGCCGUGCCCAUCUGUACAGCUGGGGGAUUCGAGGCAAGACUGGAAUGGUGAGGAGCUGUAACUGGGUGGCCAGUGCUGCAAGCAGCACAGAGGGGAUGGAUUCACCCCUCUUCUGGCAUCCACCACGACAGAGCCAUGCAGCAGCACUGGGAGGAUCUGGACUGACUGCUGGGCAGAGCCAUGACAGGGGCUGCGCUCCAGCCUGCUGGGUUGGGGGGAGCCGGCCCGUGCUCCUGGGCUCCCCACCUUCCCUGGCCAGCAAUCUGGGAAGUGACGGGACGUCCAUUUUGACGUCGGAAGCGGUGACACAGUUGUGUAAAUCUAGGUAGAAAUGGCAAUAAACUCUACUUUUUAUAUAAA